AUGUUUGACCAGUCUAAACUCAAAAUAUCAUACUUAACACAAUACUAUAAUCUGUUCUACGUUCUUCCACCAUCAUCUCUCCAUUUCCUGUCUUCUCUUCCCAUAGCUCAUCGGCAAAGAUUUAGCUUUCCGACGAUCGAUUCCUCGAUGGCUUCAUCAGAUUCAGACGUGCCUUCAGAAUCAUCGGCGCCGUCGUUAGAGGAGAUGACCAGAGCAGGCGCCAGAUCGAUGAUCCUCCCGAUCAUCCUCAACUUCGCCGCCGCGUCUCCUCCGUCUCAGCGCCGGCGCGACGUGACGGUGAUCGUGAACGCGAGGACGGGGUCGAUCACCUUUAUUGAGGGCGCGGCGGACGGGAAGGAGGGGCAUUUGCCGGCGUCGAAGGCGUCGAUAGAGGCGAUGCCAGUCGUGAAGGUCGGCGAAGAGGGGAUCGAGUGCGCUAUCUGCCUAGCGGAGUUCGAAUUGGGCGGCGAGGCGAAGGCGAUGCCGUGUAAUCACCGGUAUCAUCCAGAUUGCAUUGAUAAGUGGUUGCAGAUCCACGGCUCUUGCCCGCUUUGCCGGUACAAGAUGCCCGCGGAAGAAGGAGAAGAAGUUAGGAGAGAAGCGGAUCAAUUAGGUGAAGACGGUGGAACAGAGCGGCGAGAAAGGGCGGCUAUGGUGUUUCACGUCUUCUUCAGGAACGGUAGCCGGAGCAAUUACGAUUCCGAUUCCGAUUCUGAAAUGCAAGGAGAAGAUACUAACCAAGACAAUUUUGGCAGUGAAGACUCCGAAGUGGCUAUGGAAAUUGACGGUCGAUAG